AUGUUUUUUACCGUAUCGAUCUUAAAUAAUGCUGCAUUGGGCUAUGAAAUAUCUUUGCCAUUUCAUAUCAUUUUCCGAAGUGGUGGAUUAAUAGUUAGUAUGAUUUUAGGUUGGGCUUUAGUUGGUAAAAGAUAUGCGCUCACACAAAUUGUGGCAGUAAUCAUGAUAACUUUUGGUGUUGUAUUCGCUACAUUAAGUUCUGCAAACAAUCAAUUAGUGGAAGAUAAAAAUUCUGGUUUUACAGCUGACUAUAUAUUUGGAAUAAUGAUUCUUACAGUUGCAUUGGUACUAUCUUGCUUUAUGGGUUUAUAUCAAGAAAUGAACAGAUCAAAUGAUUGGCGCGAAGGAUUAUUUUAUACCGUAGGUGAAAUCAUUUUAUUUCAAGUUUUAUUAUUGAAUGAAUCUCCUCAUGUGUCAUUAGAGGAAAUUGUCAAUGAUUUCUCUGGUGGUAAAAUUUUUGCAUCUUCCGAUGUAAUCCAUAAUGCUUUAUCUUAUUGCGUUUUGCCAAGAACUUGGCUAUACUUGAUCAUGAACGUGCUUACACAAUAUCUUUGUAUAUCAGGAGUUCAUCGACUUCACUCUGUUUCAUCAGCAUUAACUGUAAACCUUGUGCUAAAUCUUCGUAAAUUUAUCUCCCUGGUUUUGUCAGUCUUGUUUUUUGAUAACGAUUUUCAUAUUGGUAUGGGUAUAGGAGGUGCUUGUGUGUUUAUAGGAACUAUUUUAUAUUCAAUUGGAAGUGCCGGUGGUGAUAGGUCAAGUAGUUUAAAGAAAGUUGAUGAUGAAAUCGUUGUUAAUGAAUAUUUGAAAAACAAUUCAAGGAAAUCAGAAAUUACAAAUUUAAAAAAAAGGAAAAAAGUUAAAUAG